AUGUAAAAGUAACCUAAACAACAGACACCUAAAAAUGUAAUCAAUUAAAUUCCACUUAACACCUAAGAAAUUUUGUAAAGACUUAUGAAAAAAAAUUCUAAAUCUAAAUUAUAAUUAAUAGAUAUAGCAGAUGAUACAAAGAAUGUUAAAAAUGAGAAAUAUGUUUCUAAAUCUCCUUGUUCAGGAUGGUAAAGUUUUAGAAAUUAAAGUUCUGAAAGGGGGAUACAUAAAAUAAGACAUUAAUCAAAUGAAGAUUUGUAAAAAACUCUAAAAAAACCAUGUCAUCUUAAUCAUGUAAGCUCAAUGAUUGGAUUUUAAUAAAAAGACUUUAUUUAAAAUGCAAAUGCCUUUUUGAGAGAAAAAAAUCUAGAAAAUAAACUAGAUACUUUGACUUAAUAGGUAUCAAAAUUAAGAGAAAAAUCAGAAUAAUUGGAAUUAUAGAAUAAAUUACUUUUUGACAAUUUAUAAAAGUAUAAAUGUGAAGGCAAUCAAGUAAUUUUUGGGUUAUCAUGAAGGAAAGAAAUGCUUUGCUUGAAAGGUUAGAUCACAUGAUUGAAAUGCAAUAGAAAUAAGAAGAGAAUCUAUAGCAUAUAAAGACCUUAUUUAGUGACAAUUCUAGAAGAAUCAAGACCCAAUAAUCAUAACCUAAACAAAGGAAUUUUGGAAAAUCUGCCUAUAUGGGAUUUAAUGUAUGAAAAUGUUUAUAUUUAAAUUAUCUGUUAAUAAUUAAUGAAACAAUCUCAAAUGCAACAUAAAAGUUGGUUAUAAUUGUAGAGAUUUGAAGAGUAUGAAAUAAAUAAAAAAAAAUAUCUUGAAAAGGAAUAAGAAUAGAAAUUCAAGUGUUAAGAUUAAUAUGCUCAACAAAAGUAAAUUAAUUGGAUUGGAGAUAUACAUGAAAGAUAAACUUAAUUAUAAAAGGCAAAAUGGAAGUGGAUGGAAGAAUAGAAGAAACGUUUAGAUUGGAAAAGAGAGAUGGAUCAAUUGGAAGGAGCUACAUUCCAUCCAUAAAUAUUAAAUAAAGAUUAAAAAAUACGUACUCCUGAUUAAUUCUAUAAAGAUAAUUUAGAUUAUAAAAAUAAAACUGUAUAAAAUCAUAUAAUCUUAAAUUUUAGGAAAAACAAAUAGAACAAUAAAAAAAAUAAAUAGAAAAUAAAAUUAAUAAUAGAAGUUGUUCUCCUAAAAUAAAUAAAAAAUCUGUAUAAAUGGUAGUACAACCAUUUUAUGAUAGAUUGAAAGAUAAAUAGUUAGAGAAAGAAUAGAAUUUAUUAAAAAUUAAAAAAAGUAUUACACCUUCUUUUAGUCCUUAAAUAUUUUCUCGAAACUUUUAAAGUCGUCAAACCUAUGAAACUGUUCAAUAAUUUGUUAAUUUAAAUUCAACUAAAAAUAAAAAAUUUGAAAUUGAUUUAGAAAAUGUAAAAAAUGAUUAUAAAUCUUUUACAUUUUUUGAAGACAUAAGAAAAUUCUAACAUUCUCCAUCUGAAAAUUAUCAAUCAAAUUAAGAAAAUAUAACUAAAAAUUUACUUUUAUUAACUGAAAACAGUUAGAUUUUAAAUACAUAAUAGAAUCAAUAAUAAUGUACAACUAAAAAGUAAUAGAGAUCUGUAAGUCCUUUAAAAUCAAUUAUGUCUAAAACUACCUAAAAAAAUUACUUUAAAAAAUGA